AUGACCAUAUCUCAAGAUCUCGCUAGCAAUUUAGACAAUGGCUAUCAAACCGAUGUUGUGUACACGGAUUUUUCAAAAGCAUUUGAUCGUUUGGACCACGGCGUUCCUCAAAGCUCCGUUCUUGGGCCCCUAAUUUUUAACGUUUUCAUAAAUGACAUUGCCAAUGAUAUCCGUUCUUCUGUUCUUCUGUACGCUGACGAUAUGAAACUCUAUCGUCGCAUUACUAGCAUUCAAGACACUCUAAUUUUGCAAUCAGAUCUAGAUAAGAAGUGUUAUCUCUUAUCGUUCACGUUAUUAAGAGUUUUGAUAGAUUUUAACUACAUCCUCAAUAACAAUAUUAUUUUGCGACAAUCUCAGAUGGCCAGAAUAUCGGCUUUGGAAUAUUGUGAAGCAAUCGCAACAGCUUAUCACUGUGAAGACUGUGAUUUUAAGACGGAACUGCAAUUUGUGCUUAAACAACACAUUAAUAAACAUCACUGCCCUCAGAGAGAAUCUAGUGAGGAAACAUCUAGUGAUGAAACAUCUAGUGAGGAUUCCAGCAAAGAAAACUACGGUUGCGCCAAAUAUUACUUUGAGCCAAAUCUGUCGUUAAAGUUGUUUCAGCAUACUUCAGCAUGCACGGAAACGAAAGAAAAACCUCAAAGUGUGAAUUCUUUGAAAGAGAGUGCCACAUACAGUUCCGACUUCAACCAAACUGACGAAAUACGUUGGUAUUAUUGCGACAAAUGUCUCUACAAAUGUAAAAUCAAAAGAAAUUUAACUCGUCACAUUAGAGUUUUCCAUUCGCACAGGUGGUAUGCAUGCGACAAAUGUCCAUAUAAAACUAGAUAUAAAUCCGCUUUAAAAAUUCACAUAAAUAGAAUCCACUUAGAUGAACAAGCUGUUGAAUGCUACAAGUGCCAAAAAUGUCCAUUCACGACCAAAGCAAAAUGUAGUUUAAGCCUACACACAAAGAGCUUACACUUCAACGACGAAGAUGUUAAGUGGUACAAAUGCAAACAGUGUUGUUUCAAAACUAAGCAUAAAAAAUACAUAAAGGUACACCAACGUGUGAAACAUUUAGACGAAGAAAAAAUUAAAUGGUACGAAUGUGAAAGUUGCCCAUUCAAAGCCAAAUUUGCAUCGGCCUUAAAAAGACAUGUACUUAUUUAUCAUUCGGGUGAAAAAGAAGGUAAAUGGCAUUUGAGGAUCCAUUUGAAGAUCAACUCGUAUCAGUGCGACUAUUGUCCAUUUAAGACGAAACACCAUUCUUCUUUAAAGCGUCAUAUAAAUAAUCGUCAUAAGAAUGGAACGGAUGUUAAGGAGUAA